AUAUUUCGGCGCAUUUUUAUUAUUUUUACUUUUCAACCAAAAAAUCAAACUGUGGUGGCAAUACACGUACGUUAAAAAAGAGCCGAGAGCUUGUAAAAUGACUUUUGGAUAAAGUCAAUGCAAUUGCGACAACUUGUACUUGUGCUUGUGCUUGUGCUUGUACUUGUACUUGUGCUUGUACAAGUUGUCGCCUGCUCGCCUCCAUCCAACGUUAGCGAAAACGCGGAAAUUCCCAAUAUUUUGUUUAAAAAUCAGUUGGACAAUUUUAUCUGGCUCUGCUUUGUGAGAGCGCUGCGCACUUCCAGCUUUGUAUCUCGUAUUUGGAAUUUCCUAUCCAACAUAUUUCUUCUUUCUGAACUGCUUCCCUCAUCGGUUUCAUUUUUUCUUUCAGAGAAAAAGUCUUGGCACACAUUUUGGCUAAGCAUGCAAAGUUCCACACAAAGAGACAUACAUGAGCAGCGUUCAUUUUAUUUGCUGACCAAUGCCAAUGCCAAUGCCAAUGCAAAUUCUGCAAAAAGGAAAAAAAAUUGUAUUCGGGGUUUACAUGCUUUGACACAUCCUUGAAACGAUCCACAGUCCACUCUAAAAUAAGGGCACAGAUUUAAAACAAAACAUAA